CUCAAAGAAAAUUAGGGUUUUGAAGAGCAACCCCGCGAAGGAUAGCUUGGAUCACAUUUUGUUCAGCUAGUCGCGUCGCGCGUUUCCUACUAAAUUCCGUGCACAAUGGCGACUCAAAUGAGCAAAAAGAGAAAGUUCGUCGCUGAUGGAGUUUUCUUCGCGGAACUUAAUGAGGUUCUCACCAGAGAGCUUGCCGAAGAUGGUUACUCUGGUGUCGAGGUCAGGGUUACACCGAUGCGUACGGAGAUAAUCAUUAGGGCCACUAGGACCCAGAAUGUUCUUGGUGAGAAGGGCAGAAGGAUCAGGGAACUGACAUCUGUUGUGCAGAAGCGUUUUAAGUUCCCUGAGAACAGUGUAGAACUUUACGCCGAGAAAGUUAACAACAGGGGACUCUGUGCUAUUGCCCAGGCUGAGUCUCUGCGGUACAAGCUUCUGGGUGGCCUCGCCGUUCGGAGGGCAUGUUAUGGUGUGCUGAGGUUUAUCAUGGAAAGUGGAGCAAAGGGAUGUGAGGUGAUUGUGAGUGGAAAGCUCAGGGCUCAACGUGCCAAGUCAAUGAAGUUUAAGGAUGGGUACAUGAUUUCUUCUGGUCAGCCUGUCAACGAGUACAUUGACUCAGCUGUUAGGCAUGUUCUUCUUAGACAGGGUGUUCUUGGUAUCAAGGUCAAGAUCAUGCUGGAUUGGGAUCCUAAGGGCAAGCAGGGCCCCACAACUCCCUUACCUGAUCUGGUGACCAUUCACACCCCCAAGGAGGAAGAAGAGUACAUUAGGCCUUCGUUGCUGGCAACUGAUAUUGAGGUUGCCGCUGUUUAAUGUCCAAUAUCAAUGUUACACCAAAGGCAAUUCUCUUUUGUAAUUUCUCGGCCUGAAGAGGGUUUUCUUUGGUAGGCGCUUGAUUUCAGUUCAUGGUUUGUAGUGAUGGAUAAAAAGACUUAAAAUAGUUUGAUCUUUGAAGUAUGCUAUGGAUGCUCCGUCUCAAACCAAACUUCGGAGUAAUUUAGGUGUUGUAAUUUCAUUUCAAUUUUGAUUAGUAAUUCUGGAUGGAGUACAGUUUUGUUCAUCGUAUAGAUGAUGAGAACAUUUGAGCGAUCGUCAUCCUCAUUCAUGCCAUAUUCCAAUUA